CAACAAUGGUCCAGGGGUCACUGACAACCAUCGGUUCUUCUACUGAUACCACCAUCAAGUCGGGCGAGUUUAUGUGUAUUAUCGUACGGUCCUGUCCAUUACUGGAAUCCGUGUCGUUACCCGCAACGCCACAUACUAUGGAUGAUACUGUAUUCACUGAGCUAGGAAAUCGCCGAUAUCUACGUUCGCUUUGUAUCCAAGACGACGGCUGUCUGGUAACGCCCCGUGGGUUUUCCGAGCUGUUUAAAAGCACUACAUCUCUUGAGCAUUUCGCCAUCAUCACGACGAAGAAUGCUUUAACACCUGGAAUGAUUACGGACGAUCAUUUAACGGCUAUAUCAACCUAUCAGAAACUUAAGCGGCUGAAUAUUACCAAUGCCAAGCAGCUUACUAGAAAAGGAUUGAACAUGCUAGUCACUGGAAUGCGAAACUCCAACUUGGAGCACUUGCGAUUACAUAACAUCCGUUGCAUAACAAGUACAUGGAUAGAAGAUUUAGCAAGUAUACGGAAGCUUGCCGUGCUUGACCUAAACAUACCGCCUGGGUCGCCCCAUCUAGACCGCACAUCAGCCGUCCAUUCGCUCUUUGACAAGCGGGUUGAUAGAGCACACACGCUUUGCGUGAAAAUUGCUAUGGCAGCAGGUGGAAUUUGGCCAGUCUCGGAUUCAGUUAUGUUUUUCAGCGACAGUUAUAAAUCAUCCAUGGCUAACCAAAUGCUUGCACUGAUGAAUUCUUUCCAACAUCGCUACAACAUGGCGCCCUAAAAU